AUGCGCCCGCACUUCUUGCUGCUGCUCCUCCUCCAGGCGGGGGAAGCCGCGGAGCGCGCCGAGGGCCGGGGCCCCGAGCCCAGCGCGGACACGGCCCCGGCGGCGCCCAAUACCUCGCGCUUCUUCUCCUGGAACAACUACAGCUUCUCCGACUGGCAGAACUUCGUGGGCCGGAGGCGCUACGGGGCCGAGUCCCAGAACCCCACGGUCCAAGCCCUGCUCAUCGUGGCGUACUCCUUCAUCAUCGUCUUCUCGCUCUUCGGCAACGUGCUGGUGUGCCAUGUCAUCUUCAAAAACCGGCGCCUGCACUCGGCCACCAGCCUCUUCCUCGUCAACCUGGCGGUGGCCGACCUCAUGAUCACGCUGCUCAACACCCCCUUCACGCUGGUUCGGUUUGUGAACAGCACGUGGGUGUUUGGGAAGGGAAUGUGCCAUGUCAGCCGCUUCGCCCAGUACUGCUCCCUGCAUGUCUCAGCACUGACACUGACAGCCAUUGCUGUGGACCGCCACCAGGUUAUUAUGCAUCCCUUAAAACCCCGGAUCUCCAUCACUAAGGGCGUCAUCUACAUUGCUGUGAUCUGGAUCAUGGCUACCUUCUUUUCACUCCCACAUGCAAUCUGCCAGAAGUUGUUUACCUUCAAGUACAGCGAGGACACUGUACGCUCACUAUGCCUGCCAGACUUCCCAGAGCCAGCCGACCUCUUCUGGAAGUACCUGGACCUAGCCACCUUUAUCCUGCUCUACAUCCUCCCCCUCGUCAUCAUCUCUGUGGCCUACACGCGCGUGGCCAAGAAGCUGUGGCUGUGCAAUGCAAUUGGUGAUGUGACCACGGAGCAGUACCUUGCUCUGCGGCGCAAAAAGAAGAAGACCAUCAAGAUGCUGAUGCUGGUGGUAGUCCUCUUCGCCCUCUGCUGGUUCCCCCUCAAUUGCUAUGUCCUCCUCCUCUCCAGCAAGGUCAUCCACACCAAUAAUGCGCUCUACUUUGCUUUCCACUGGUUUGCCAUGAGCAGCACCUGCUACAACCCCUUCAUCUAUUGCUGGCUGAACGAGAACUUCAGGGUUGAGCUAAAGGCAUUAUUGCGCAUGUGUCAAAGGCCUCCCAAGCCUCAAGAAGAAAGAAUGCCCUCCCCAGUGCCUUCCUUCAGGGUGGCGUGGACAGAGAAGAGCCAUGGUCGGAGGGUUCUGCUAGCCAGUAACCUCUUGCCUGCUACCCAGCUCCAAUCUGGGAAGACAGAUCUGUCAUCCGUGGAACCAGUUGUGGUGAUGAAUUAG